AUGUAUGCUCCCGCCAUUGCUCUUUUCCUCGCAACAUUCUCUUCCGUAGGCGCACAGUAUACCGCGACCUACCUACCGGAUACCACGCCCGACAAAACUGAGCAAGGUCAAACUGGAACCAACAAAUGCGGGACGACGUCCAGUCAAGACUCGAUGUGCCAGAACGUCUAUAUCAACGCUGUUGAUGAUUUCUGCCUAUGGGCACCACCUACCCCAGGCCCGGACUCUGUUAUCCGUGCUACAGAGCGUAUCGAAGUUUCGUGGUGUCUCAAGAGCGGCUACGGAACUCGCGUCAUCCCCGAAGGGACUAUCACCGGCGCUCACUUUGUUCUGACGCCCGACUUUGUACAGAUUACCGGCUCCGGAGAUUUGACAAAACUGAAUAUUCCAGCUGGAGAUGAAGGCGGGGAACUCGAUCCUCAAGGUGCCGACGGAAAUGGAAAUCCUAUUGGAAGGUCUAGUCUUCUCCUCUGCUUUUGGGAAGACCCAGCAAAUGUUCGAGUGGACGCCACCGAUUUUUGCUUCAGGGCUUGUAAUCCAGCUGGGAAGAUACCUGCCGUGUACUGUGAACAUAUAUACGACUUGAUGGGAUGCGCGUGGAACAUGCCCGCCAACUACGAUGCUGGCGUGUUCGAGUCGUGCAAUGGCGAUAGUGGAGAGCCUAUGGGCGUCUACAGCACCUCGACAUUCCACCAAGGCGACGCCUCUACCCCUGCUCCGCAUCCCAUCCCGUCGUCUUCGCAAUGUACGACUUUUUCUGCCAUCGGAGGCGAGACUGCGACUAUGUCAGCAACUACAACCAUGGCCUCGACUUCGGCAAGCUCUGGGACUACUACAACAGGAGCGUCGACCGGCUCAGGUGUAUCGAGUGCUGCAAAGGCUGCGAGUAAGAACAGCGACAAGAAUGGGGGUGGGGUGGCACUCGGGUUGUCUUCGCUCGGCAUGGUGGGCGCUAUUGUGGGAGGAUUCUUCGUUUUCUAGAGUGGUGGUAAUCGUCAUAUUGUUAGCUUUUUGUUGCAAUUUUAUCAUCUUGAGAAACCCUUUAGUUCCAGUUCGACCAGACAGUGUUUUACUUU